AUGGCUGCCUUGCGUGUUGCUGGCGUUGCCUUCCGAAAUUCUCGGCAGCUGCAAAGAUGGAGCUGCUGCAGACCUGUGAUUCGGUGGCCCUCCCACAUCCGGUGUUUUGCCCAGACGCCUGGGCCCAUGGCACCACCACGGAAUGCGGAAGAAAUGCAGAAAUUCAUCAACGAAUAUGAUCAAAAGGUGGCUGCAGAAGAGGCUGCUGAAUCCUCGUUUUGGAGGAGGUUCAACUCCAACGUCGGCGCUUGGCUUGGUGCUGUGGUUGCUGGCGGGAUUCUUUAUGUGCUUCAUUGUGUAGACGAUGUGUCUAGCACCCUCAGCGAUGUAUGGGGCUCCUUUCUCCGACAGCUCUCGGAAGAGUCACAGCGGAAAAUACUACUGCAAGCUGCACGGUGGCGUGUAUUGCCCAAAGACAUGGACAAGGAUGAUCCGUACUUGGUGACUGAGCCACUGGAGGGACUCCGGUUCUUCGCACCAGUGGGUUUGGCCCCGGGCCUUGACCCACUGGGUGAAGGCAUCACUGCUUUCUUCGAUCUUGGCUUUGCCUUUGUGGAGGUAGGGCCUGUUGCGCCGGGGAGCAGUGAGAGCGCAGCCCUUGCACACACCCUCAGCACAAGGGACUCUAGCCAGCAGAUAGCGCGUUUUGGGCUACUGGGGGCAUCCAUUGGAGGCAGCAAAGAGGAGCUCCUUGAACAAAUCUCCUCUUUGGGGUCUUACGUGCGAUACUUCGCAGUUGAUGCCGAGCAUGUGCGGGACGUCGAUGCCCUGCCCAAACUCAUGCGUGAGCUGACCUUGGCAGCGCUGAAGCUCCCUGGCGGUCCUCGAAUUUUCCUCAGGCUUCCUGCCUGCUGGCCAGACGCUUCAGUGGAUCAUGAAGCCCGCUGCUCUGCAGUUGGGGCACUUGCGGAAGCGCUACGCAGCAGUGAAUCUGCAGGGCUCAUUCUUUGUCACGAUGAUGCAGCUGCAGAUUGCAGGGGCACGGAGGAGACCCGACGAAAGCAUCGAGACUUGAUCUCGGCAGCAUUUCAGCGAACGAAGGGUGACAUUGUCAUCAUUGCCAGCGGCGGCAUGCGUCAUGGCCGGGAUGCGCUUGAUGCUGUUGAAGCUGGUGCAACGGCAGUGCAAAUCUCAUCAAUUCUCUUGACUGAAGGACCCCGUGCAUGUCGGCGGAUCAAGGAUGAGGUCGCCCAGCUUCUCAUGCAGGAGGGCCACGAGAAUUUGCAGUCGUUGGUGGGGGUUGCGGUCCUCCGACAAACAGGCCGGAUGAAGCCAAAGAAGAAAAGGAAUCCAUGGAAGCAGAAAGCAUGA